AGUGGUUUCCUCAUCGGGUCGGGGGUGUCUGCAGCAGUGGAGGCUACAUUUGUGUGUGAGAGUCUGUGCAGUAGUGGAUGCUAUGUGUGUGUGAGUGUCUGUGCAGUAGUGGAUGCUGUUCCCUGAACGCUGGCUCAGUGUUGUGAAAUGCUUCCACUGUAGUGUACUCUAAGUGUGUGUAGUGAAAAGCAUGAAUAUUGUAAUCCAGGAGAACAGGGAACGCGGCUCCGGAAGAUCUGCAUCCACCUCUUGAAUUGCAGGACAUUGAGAGGCACCAUGUGCAGCUUACUGAGCCCGAAGCAGCCCCCGGGCCCCGGCCUCACCGACAUGCUGCAGUACCAGCAGUGGCUGGAGAGCCGUCAUGAGGCCAGCCUACUGCCCAUGAAGGAAGACCUGGCCAUUUGGCUCACACAUACCCUGGGUGUGGAGAUAACGGGGGAGAGCUUUAUGGAUCGCCUGGACAACGGGGUCCUGCUCUGUCAGCUGGCUGAGACCCUGCAGGAGAAGUUCAGGCAGAACACUGAUGCCCAUGGGAUCAACAAGCAGACGCUCCCGUCCAGAAGGAUACCCUGCCGUCGGAGUGCCCCUUCUGGUUCCUUCUUCGCCAGGGACAACACAGCCAACUUCCUGGCCUGGUGCCGGUCGGUGGGGGUGGGCGACACCUGCCUGUUUGAGUCGGAGGGCCUGGUUCUCCACAAGCAGCCAAGGGAGGUGUGCCUCUGUCUCCUAGAGCUGGGUAGGAUAGCCUCAAGGUACAAAGUAGAACCACCAGGACUCAUUCAGCUGGAGAAAGAGAUUGAGCUGGAGGAGAAAGCCCCUCCCCCUCCUCCAUCACCUGUGUCCCCAGAGCCGCCCCUCUCCUCCUCGCCGUCCUCGUCUUCGUCCCCCUCCCCCGCUCCAAAUAAAUCCACCGCCAGCAAGAAGAGCACAGGCAAGCUGCUGGAUGAUGCAGUGAAACAUAUUUCUGAGGAUCCCCCCUGCAAAUGUACCAAUCGAUUCUGUGUGGAGAGGCAGUCUCAAGGCCGCUACCGCGUGGGCGAGAAGGUGCUCUUUAUACGGAUGCUGAACAACAAGCAUGUGAUGGUGCGCGUGGGCGGAGGCUGGGAGACCUUCGAGAGCUACCUGCUGAAGCACGACCCGUGUCGCAUGCUCCAGAUCUCCCGGGUGGAGGGCAAAACCUCGCCGGUCACCAGCGGCCGGACCCCCAUGAUCAAGGACCUGGGCCCCGACAGCUAUCUGGUGGUGGCGGCCCACUACCGCAGCAAGAAGUGAGCGCCGGGCGGGUGUGGAGGACCUCUGGGAGGACCCGUGACGGUGCCACUCUGUGUUGAGGUUCAAAGGUGGCUGCAGGUGGAUGGAUUCCUCCAUGGCUGCAGAAGAGAAAGCGUUUAGAUGAGCCAGGAGAGACAAGGUGUAAAGGGUGACUCAUGUGAACCCACGUCUCCUUCUGAGGAGCGGGGGGGUCUGAUGGAGCUCAUGGACGUUCGAGGCCUGGUAUCAAUGUCAUCUGCUAUUCAGGUUUCAUGACCAUUGAGGCAGUAUGGGUAUUGUGAUUCUUGUUGUAGAAUCACAAUUCUACAACAAGAAUAGUAUUGCCCCACAUGAUGUAGUAUUGCCCCACAUGAUGUAGUGGGGCCUUCUCUGGAACCAUGCAAAACUUUUCGGUGCACACUUUAAUGAUGAGUUUAAGCUAGUUCUGCGGUCCUCAAAGACUACAAAUAUGUCUAUUCUAGCACUCAUUUUAAUGCUCUAUUUACCAAAGUGAUGUAUUGCCUUGUUAUCUUAUGCUGUGAUUUGAUCGGACCAUCGUUAAACCAAAGUGGGUCUUCUACCUAUUUCCAAUUAGUCCAAUUUGUUUCUCUGUGGGUCGGCUUUGAUGGGUUGAAGUUCUAUUUUCUUAGACAUGGGGCCACCCUUUAUAACAAGACUCGCGGUUCAGCGGCCAGUAACAUAACAGGAAAAAACAACAAACCAGAAUUAAAGGUCGUAUAAUAAUGACGCUUCAGUAAACGUAUGUCGUUCCCAAACGCCCAACAACAGGUGGACUGUUUAACCAAUACAAAAAAGGUGGAGGAAGCCUGGGUCAGCCACAUUGGGCCGUCAAAGCCAGGAGUUCCUCCUCCAAACCUACAAUUCCCUUGACUCUCUACUUACAACAGAAACACAAAAACAGACUAACAGCCCUACAUUCACGGAACCAAAACAGCUCUGGACAAAGUGACAACCAUACGAAAAGGCCAGCGGCCAGGAGCUGCCAAUAGUGAGAGACCCGUGUGGGAAGACAGGCCACGCCUUAAGUAGCGGCAAUAGUAGUAGUAGCUCCACCACCGAAUCAGGAUCACCUGAGAGACAUAGAAGAGAAAAAAGCAGGAGGAAUAGCAAAAAGGGGAGGCUCGUAACAACAUUAUGUGACGCUCUUCUUACUUUUCUUCUGCCAAUAAUUCUAAAAAUAAGUAUCUAUUUUUGUAUUUACUUUAGCUUUAAGGUGAGACAUUUUAACAAAAUAAAUGCAGUAUUACAGAUUACCUAUUGACCCUUUCUCCUCUUUGAUGCAUUUAUACACAUUCAUCGAUAUACCUUCAGAAAUCAGCUAUAGGCCUGUUCUCAUGAGGCUGCUGUUUAUCAGCUUCUAAAUGUCACUGCAGUCCUAUUAUCCAUUUUUUAUGAGGCUCCCUAAACAGCGUUAUUUUAAUAAGACCCUAACAUCGUUUUAGUGUCAUGUGGGCUGCCUUAUUUCUGGUGCAAUGCUGACCCCUAGAGGUUUUCCACUGCUCAAGGGUAAAGAAGGGUGGGCAGAGGAAAAUUGGCAUUGGCAAAGGAAAAUAAUGCAAACGUUUCUAGUAAAAAGACAAAGUUUGAGCCAUCGACUGUAGGGAAGCAACAAUAUAUAAAAUAUUUGCCUUUUAAUGUUGAGGUCGACACACUUAUGGUAUACUGCAGGACCUUAGACUCCAGUGCUUGUCCGAGCCCAGGGACCUUUGUAAGGACCUGUUCCACCCAGGUGUGGAACACAGCCAUUCCUUGAUGAAUAUACACAACCAGAUUUAUUGGUGCCGUUUUGUUUUAUCAGCAAGAAAUAAUACACGUUACACGAUGCAUUGGGUAAAACAUAAUUUAAUGCAGCGGCAAAAAACACAGCCUACAUUUCCUGUACCUCCAAAUGGCAAGAGCACCAAAAGCAUUUAAGGAUCAGGUGAUAAUUUAAAAAAUGAUAAAUAGCACUGAGUUAAGCAUGGCAAGUCAGAUUAAAUACAUACUCAGGCUCACUGCCUGAUCUCCAUUCCUAUACUUUCUUCGACUGAUGACGAGUACAGCAGCAACAACGUGCCAUUCAACACAUGCCUCCGUCACAGGCCAUCCGCACGCUACGUGGCACUUCACAGACAAAAGCGUAUCGUUUUCCUUAUGAAAUCAAGUAUACAAAGACUGUAUACAAACAUUUCUCAUAAAUAAAACAAUUCAAUGACAAAUCCAACCUUCUAAAUCAUGCAUAGCGAGCAAUAGAAACACUAAUGGAGGUGAAUUCAAUGAGGACUCUAAAUUACAAAGUGUACACCAAAAUAAUCUGAUAUAAAAUGUGAAUCAAUGAAAUAUGGCAAACUUUAAUUAGGAAUUCUAUCUGAUUUCCAAAAUUAAAUAUGUUUUAUUAACAGUUUUAUUAUUUGUAUCUAUAU